GGAAAAUCGUGCAUUCAAUUGAAGGAAUUUCUCUCUGCUAUUAAUAGAUGGGGAUAUACGAGAACCAAAACAGCGCCACACAAGGUCGAAGAUAGAAAUAACAUUUCAACAUGAGUUCUCUUGUUGCAGAAGCAAUUCAGGCUGAAUUAGGAGCAUAUGAACCCUGGCCCGACAAUGCCUGUCUAUAUCAACCAUAUCAAGUUGAACAGAUCACUUUUCCAGAUUAUGCUAAUUGUCUUAGUGUCAAAACAUUUCUACAUAUGUGUGGUUUAGAAUUUCAUACAGAAGUCCGAACAAAUGCAGAAGAAAUGUCACCAUCAGGAAAAGUUCCAUUUAUUCAUGUUGGUGCCUUUUUAGUGUCAGAGCUUGAUCCUAUUAUUGCAUUUGUGAAUACGAGGGGUUUUCAAUUAAGUAGAGAUCUAGAUGAAGGAUUGAAAUCAGAAAUGAGAGCUUAUAUGGCUUUAAUAGAAAAUGUUAUGGUUAAUGCAGAGUUAUAUUUAGCCUGGAUAGAUGAAGCAGUUUCAGAAGAGAUAACCAAACCUAGAUAUGGCUAUAUUCAUCCCUGGCCAUUAAAUAGACUAUUACCCUGGAAGAAACAAUCUAAUGUGAGAGCUAGACUCGACAGUAUAGGAUGGGCAAAAAAGACAAUGGAUGAGGUGUGUGAUGAAGUAAAAACAUGUUGUCAAGCUUUAGCAGAAAGACUAGACAGUAAACAGUAUUUUUUCGGUGACAAACCAACAGAAUUAGAUGCACUUGUGUUUGGACAUUUAUAUACAAUACUGACCACUAGAUUACCCGUUUCACGAUUUGCUGAAAUAGUUCAACAAUUCUCGAAUCUCACAGCAUUUUGUACAAGAGUGGAGGAAAAUUUCUAUAAAAAAUAUGGAAGAGACUUUUGAAUGCCGAAAUCUCUAGUUUUUAUUGUGAAUUAUUGGUGUAGGACCAGUUUACUGUUUGCUAGCAUCAUACAUGUCUCCACAGAUUCAAAAGUACAAACCAAAAAUUGUGAGUAAGCAUACACUGCAUUGUUUAUGACAUCCAUCAACAGAUACCGCUAACUGGAGCAAUGGUCUGGACCUAAAUUUCAGAAACUAAUGCUAUUUUGCAGAAGAUAAAUCUCAGGGUCAAAGUUAGCAGCCCAGUGGUUUAAGUACAAAAGUAUAACAUAUCUGUUCCCUAUGUUGAACUUAUGGCCAAAUGUUUAAGAAAAGUAAGAACUACAGUUAUCCUGAUCAGACUGGAAACAUGGGUAUAAAUGUUAUGACAUACAAGUUUGUAAUAUAAUGAUCUGCCGAGAACUUCACCAAUCCAGUGCAGAAUAAGAGACAUGUAAAGUGUUGGCAAACUGUACAUAUAAAUAUAAGACUUAUAUUAUACUUAUUGAAAUGUUGUUUAUUAUCAACAAGUGAGAGCGUUAUAUAAAAAAGUUUGGGAUAUAAAAGCUAAAUAGAUUGUAUGAAUAUUAUACAGAAUAUUUAUGUAUGUGAAUAAAUAUUUAUAUCUUCUAUUCUUA